AUGCGGAGGAGGAGGCAGGUUCUGACCACCGGCACCACCGAGGUCUCCGAGGCGGAGGCGGAGCCUCAACCCCGCAGCGGAGGAAUUCCUUUGGCCCAUGCAUGGGCCCCGUCGGACGUUAUUGUCACCCUGCCGGAAGGAGGAAGCGGGGCUGAUAACGACAUGGAGCCCGCGCUGAAGCGGUUUAAGCUCCCAGACAAGCUGCUAACCCGCCUUGGAAGGACCCCUGAGGCCAGUGAGAGGAACACAAAGGCCGUUAGUGCGGAAAAUGAUCUUGCUGCGGUCAUUCACUCAAAAAGAGUGGCCGCGGAAAAAUAUCACACGUCAGCGAAUAAUGAUGCAGCAGGCGAUGACUCGAGGCCGUUGGUUUCAGUGCGCCGGCUUUCCCGACAACCACGUCCACACGAGCAGGAGCAGCAACGCAGAGGUGCGGCAACUGCCCCGUAUGAACUCUUUGGAAAUAGCAACGAUGAUGUUAUUCGCUUUGGGACGAAGUGGCGGGUGGAGGACAGUGAGUCCUCCUCGACAGGGUCCUCCUGGUCGGAGGAAAAUACACAGCGCAACGCCGACACUGCGGACGCGCGCGCGGAAAAGCGAAGGAGGGAGAUUGAUCGCCACUUCUCCGGCUACGGGAGCGACGACCUUGACUCCUCUAGUGACUCCCUUUCAGCGGGGGAGGAGGGGGAAGAAGAAGAGAUCAGUGAGGGUGAAGACACUGAACAUGAUGACGGGGAUGAGGUAGAAGAGGAUGAUAAUAAUGGUAAUGAUAAUAACACACCCAUAAAGAAUGGAGAACACGCGGGAUUUGGCCUCCUCGAGCGCCGGCGCGAGCAGCAGCAACGACAAGAGCAACAACGACAGCAAGAACAGCAUCAAGCAAGGAACCCGGAGACGACUUACGAUGAGAAAGCAGAGUGUGUUGUGACUAAUCACACCCGUGACCACCGUUACCGCUACAGUUCCAUGUUUUAUGAAAUGCACGCUGGCCACGAGGGCGUGAGUCCGUGCCACCACACGCUUCUUUCUCUGAAAGGACCCAUCACUGUCCAAGGCCCUUGUGGCAUCAUUGGGUUUGGCAUUGGGGAGGUGGCCGUGGGUGGCUUCUUUUUGGGCAAGAAACAGGUUAUGCUUUUCACUGACGCCGAGAGGGUUGUUGUAACGCCUGUGCAACGCCUAAAGAGCAAGAGUGCGGGUUUGGAGUCUUUGCCGGUGCCAAUGCCAGUCUCCUGCAAGAUGGCGAGCUACCCUUUUACUGUCAUUCCCCCAACGGUUAGAGAAAUUUGUGGGGAUGCAGCAGACAAUAACGAUGUGGAACUGUUUGGCACGAUUGAUUGGGUUUGGGUUGAGGCAACCAUUGCGUCGUGGCAGGGACGGUUUGCGAACAAUGUACCAAAUAUUGUGCUGGUUGUGCAGGCAUAUGACCCCUGUGGCGUGCCCCCAACACGCCGGCAUCGCCUUAAGGGGAAGGAGGAACAUUUAACCAACGCUUUUAUGGAUGUCCCACGUUUCGUGGCGCGUGGGCAUGAUACAGGCAUUGACGCGGCCUUGUUGCCGGAGGUGGUUCCCAUGAUUGUGAAGCAGAGCCCCGGUGCGGUGGUUGUGUUGGGCUCACAGAACAUUGGCAAGUCAACACUGGCGCGGUUUCUCGCAAAUGCCCUGUUUUCUCAGCAUGGCAUCUGCUACUGGCUGGAUUUGGAUCUUGGACAGCCGGAGUUUUCUCCACCUGGGGUAGUUUCCCUGUACUGCGUGCAACAGCCCCUCCUGCGCCCACGCGACACGACGAAGGUCAAGCUUGUGCAAAGUUUUUUUCUCGGCGGGUCGCGUCCGCGUUGCCCGAGAGCGACGGCGAUUGCCAUUGAACAAAUUUGUGCCAUUGCUGAGCCGUUGCAGAGACGGCACCCGGUUGUGGUGAACACGCACGGUUGGGUGCUUAGCACAGGUCGGCGCAUGACGGUGGAGGCGAUACGCCGACUACGGCCUAAACACAUUGUUCACUUGGUGAAGGAAGGGGAGACACGCUGGGCACGCGAUAGUGAGUUGCUUAUGACUCCUACCAACGGCCUCAAUUCGGAGGUACUGCAUAAACGGUUUCUUGUGCGUCGUGCCGCGUUAGCAGGCGCUGAGGGGAAGGCCAAUGACGUCAUUGGACGACUUCCGUUUCCACAUCCUGCUGUGAAUAGACGCGAGGCUACCACCACCACCGGGUGGUGUGCGACGGUGCAUACAGUAACUGUGACACGGAAUGAGGGAUCACCGCAGCAGUGUGCACAACCCAAGCCUUCUGCCGUUCGUUGUGCCAUUUGGCAGCAGCACUUGGCACCCCUAUUCCGCUACUAUGAGACCUUGGAGGAGCAGCGGUGGCGGACUGAUGCGACGCUGUCGCUCUUGGGAGAGGAGACUGACACAACCACGUUGUUCAAGGGCCUAUUGAGGCAGUUUGACGCGAUUGUGCUUGCCGACGUGGCAGAUGCUCGUGAACUGACCGACGAUGUGGUGUGUGCGGCGCUGGAGCACAGCGUUGUGGCGCUCUCCUUUUCUCUCUUGCCCUCUUCACCGCCUCCAGCACCCGCAGCACAGCAGGAGGAGGAGGAGACGGUACACAAGGCGUUGUCAGAUAACUAUCGCUGUCUCAGCGGCAUGGACCAACGGAUUUUUCUCUCUCCUGCUUUGGCUUCGUUGAGAGCACCGAGGCGGAGAUGCUGGCCUCGGGAGCGGUGCGGAUCCGUCUGCCGUACAGCCGCGGCGUUGUGCGUCAGAUGCUGUCGACGGAUGACGUCACGAAGCGGAUUGGCGUCUCCCUCGCGUGCUCGCCGGCCGACCGCACCGACACCGCGGCGCUGGAGGCGUACUUUUAAUGCGGCGAUGACAGUGGAAAAGGCGGCGUCAGGUGGGGAGGGGAAGAAAGAAAGAAAAAAAGAGGCCAUGAAAGGACUGAGGGAGGGGGGAAGCGAGGGCAUGCACGCACACAACGGAGCGAAAUAUGCCUUCUCAACACUCGCCUUUUUGGUUUGUUUUGUUGUUUCCCUUUGCUCACACUGGGAGGAGGAGGCGGGAGGUGAUGCCGCUCCAAUAUUCAGCGCCCGUUGCAUGAAGCUCUCUCUCCUCCCCUCCAACAACUUCCACAAGCACCAUCACAGCAACAACAACGAAAAUAAGCUGAACAGUUUGUUUGCUUUGUCUCGUGUAAUUCCUUUGACGCGGUUCCACAGCGCUCGCGCUCCCGCAGCUUAUUCUUCUUUUUCCUUAUCUAUGCGAUGUGAAAUAACGUUGCCAAUAACACCCACACACAUAUGUAUAAUAUCUGAGUCCUUUUUUUUUUGUGUCUGUGAGUGUGUGUUUUGUUAUUUUCUCUCCUUAUGUUUUGUGCCCCCUUCAACGAGGGGGAAGAAGAGGUGGGGAGGGCAUGCGUGCGUGUGCAUCUCCACAUUACAAGAGUUGUGUAGAACCUUCAACGCCAGAUCGGCCAGCUACGUUCAAUUGUGCCAUGCUGGAGUCGUCGAGGCUACAACUGCAGCUGCAGGUGCCAAUAGCUAUGUCACUGCUGUUAUAUACUUUUUUGGUUUUGCUUUCCGCUACCUCGACGCACGCCUCCUCAUCCAUGCCUUCUGA